GCUUCUGUAAAUCGAAACUAGACUUUCCUGGCGCAUUUUCCGGGACCCACCCCAGGAGAGUUUCCUGGGUUGAAGGGCAGUUGGCAGAAGGCUCUGCAGCUGAAGGCAGGAGGCCCCAGCAGCCCCCACAGCUCCCCAAGCAGGAUCGGGGCUCCAGCCUGACCAUGGCCCUCCCACGGCUCUUCUGGGUGUGGCUGCUGGUUGUGGGGACUCAUGGCCUGAAGGAUGGGGACAUGCGGCUGGCCGAUGGGGGUGCCCCCAACCAGGGCCGUGUGGAGAUCUUCUACAGAGGCCAGUGGGGGACCGUGUGUGACAACUUGUGGGACCUGACGGAUGCCAGCGUCGUCUGCCGGGCCCUCGGCUUCGAGAACGCCACUGAGGCUCUGGGAGGAGCUGCCUUUGGGCCAGGAACAGGCCCCAUCAUGUUGGAUGAAGUGGAGUGCUCGGGGACAGAGCCCUCGCUGGCCAACUGCAGGUCCCUGGGCUGGCUGAAGAGCCACUGCAAACACAGGCAGGACGCCGGCGUGGUCUGCAGCAACGAAACCAGAGACGCCCACACCCUCGACCUCUCCGGAGAGCUGUCUGCCGCGCUGGCGCAGAUCUUCGACAGCCAGCAGGGCUGCGACCUGGCCAUCAGGGUGAAGGUGCAGGGAGGGGAGGACCAGGGCCUGUGCGCACACACGCUCAUCCUGUCCGCCAACCCCGAGGCCCAGGCGCUGUGGAAGAAGCCGGGCAGCAAGGUCACCAUGUACGUGGACGCCGAGUGUGUGCCCGUCAUCAGAGACUUCAUCAGGUACUUCUACUCCCGAAGAAUCGACAUCUCCCUGUCAUCGGUCAAGUGCUUCCACAAGCUGGCCUCCGCCUACGGGGCCGGGCAGCUGCAGGCCUACUGCGGGCGCCUCUUUGCCGUCCUCCUGCCCCAGGACUCCUCCUUCCGCACGGCCCUGGACCUCCACGCCUACGCACUGGCCACCAAGGACCCGCUGCUGGAGGAGCUCUGCGUGCGGUUCCUCACCUGGAACUUCGAGGCCCUGACGCAGGCCGAGGCCUGGCCCAGCGUGCCCGUGGGCCUGCUCCAAGCGCUGCUGCCCCAGAGCGAGCUGGCCGUGUCCAGCGAGCUGGCCCUGCUGAAGGCCGUGGACGCGUGGGCCCAGGAGACACGUGCCCCCCGCGAGAAGGUGGAGGGCCUGCUGGAGGAGGUGCGCUUCCCCAUGAUGCUGCCCACGGACCUCUUCGAGCUGCAGUUCAACCUGUCCCUGUUCGCCAGUCACGAGGCCCUGUUCCAGAGGAAGAGCCUGCAGGCCCUGGAGUUCCACACGGUGCCUUUCCCUCUGCUGGCCCAGUACCGAGGCCUGAACCUCUCCGAGGACGCCUACAUGCCCCGAAUUUACACCUCGGCCACCUGGAGCGCCUCCGUGUGGCCCCGUGCCCGGGACACGUGGGACCCACGGCUGGCUUACCAGUCCAGACGGGAGUCUCCAUUCGGCUAUUCCAGUUACUCCAAAGGCUACGGGUAUUACCCCUCCCAGUCCUUCCGGACCCCGCAGCACCCCAGCUUCCUCUUCCAGGCCAAGCUCGUCUCCUGGGCUCUCACCUACCUCCCCACCAUGCAGAGCUGCUGGAACUAUGGGUUCUCCUGCUCCUCAGAGGAGCUCCCCGUCCUGGGCCUGACCAGAUCGGGCUACUCGGAUCCCACUGUCGGCUAUGAGAACAAAGCCCUGAUGCUCUGCGGAGGGCGCUUUGUGGCAGACGUCACCAACUUCGAGGGCACGAAGGCCCCGAUCCCCGGCGCCCUGGAUACCAACAGCUCCAAGGUUGCUUCCUUCUUCCCCUGCCCUGCAGGGUCCUUCAGCAGCUUCCGGGUGGCCAUCCGCCCCUUUUACCUGACCAACGCCACGGCCAUGGACUAGCAGGUGCGGCUAGAGGCUGGGACCAGGGGCAGGAACGCAGAGACCUCAGCACCCCACACACCCAGCGAGGGUCUCUGCUCUGGCUCCUUCCCUCUGCAAUCCCUGUCACCACCGACCACCAGGUGUCCCUCCUGCACCCAACCAUCUCCCUAAGCUUGGAGAAACUCCUGGAAGGUUUCAGCUAGCCCUCGCUGUGGAGUCUCCCACUGCCUGGCUGGUUUCCAGGUCCGGAAGCAACGAGACCCUGCCCUGAUGCUGUGGGGUCUCUCGUUUGUGUCCCCUUUCAGUUGCACGCUUUGUCACUGUCACUGGUCUGAGGUCACUAAAUCCUCAUUGUGUCCUCCA